AUGUCGACUGGAUUGCUCCGUCCGGAUAAUUUGAAUAUCGAGUUCGUUCUUCUGGCGAUAUUAUUGGUUGCCACAACAGAACGAACGAUGCGAAGCUACAUCCGAGACGCGACUCGCCGCAUCAAUGACCCCGGCAUGGGCCUUCCACGGCUCACGUACUCUGUGAACAUGGACAAGAUCGGUGAAGACUUGCGAUCCAAGUUUAUCGAGUUCGACUGCGACGACGAAACCCAGCAGUUUCUUGACAGCUGCUUCGACACGGGCGUGUACCACAUGAUCACAUCGAUGCUGUCGACAGUUCUGAACGUGUUUUAUUCCGUCACGGACACCAACGGCAUGCUCAAUCGGGGGCAAAUGUUCGUCUUCUCCCACGCCCAAGCCGCGCGUCUGUUGAACUUCCCCGAUGGACGCUGCGGCGGAAAGCUCUUGGACAUUGGGGCUGGCGACGGCAACGUCACGGCCAAGCUUGCCACCUUUGUCGACACGGUGUACGCCACGGAAGUAUCGAUGCCGAUGGUGCGCGCACUCAACGCCAAAGGCUUCAACGCGACCCACACCACCGAUUUAACCCAUCCCGACAUUGUGGCCCAUGGCCCGUACGAUUUCAUCAGUUUGCUCAAUGUACUCGACCGAGCCGACACUCCAUUGACUCUGCUGCGUCAGAUUCACUCCUUGCUGACCCCGAAUGGCGUGGUAUUGAUCGCAGUCGUGUUGCCCUUUUCUGCCUUUGUCGAAGUCGGGACCCAGAAGUUGCCGCCAACAGAAAUGCUGCCCAUGAAGGGAGGAUUGUGUGCAGAUCGCGACUGUUUUGAGGACGCCGCGCGCAUCAUGGCCACAAUGGUGUUUGGGUCCAGUGGAUUUGACGUCCGCGCGUUCAGUCGCGUGCCGUACCUGUGUCGAGGCGAUAUCUCACAGCCGUACUACGUACUGCACGACGCAUUGUUUACCCUCAAGAAAUCCUCAAGUGACUUUUGA